UUGAAUUAACGUAAUGGAAAGUGUUAUUGAAAAAUAAGAGUCAUGCCAAUCAUCGUCAACUCCUCAUCUAGAGCUCUGGACUUAGCAGACUCCAUGCUUAACGACACAUUUAGUCAGGCUUCACAUGCCAACCUCUCACAUUUGGUUGAGCUGUUCAAUCAGCAGGACAACCUGACCUCAGCUAAUGAUGGUGCAGACAUUUAUGAUUACGAUUAUGACGAUUCCACGGGUCACCUACCCCUGGAUGACCUUGUUCCUAACGCCCUGGGAUAUGGUCUGACUUUGGUGCUUGGACUGACCGGCAAUAUUCUGGUUAUUGUAUCGGUUGCCAGGUACAGGAGAAUGCACAACGUGACAAAUAUAUUCCUACUGAGUUUAGCCACAGCCGAUCUUCUCCUAGUUACAACCUGUGUACCUGUCAAGUUUGCUCGAUUCUUCACAUUUACCUGGCAGUAUGGAGAAGUUCUAUGUAAAUUUGUUCACUACCUGCAAAAUGUGACUAUUAUAUGUUCGGUACUCAACCUAACUGGUCUAAGUUUAGAACGGUACUACGCCAUCUUGCAUCCCAUGAGAGCCAAGUACACAUGUACCGUUACCAUGGCAAGACGAUUUGUUGUCCUGAUUUGGACUAUGAGCAUUGUUAUGGCUAUCCCUAUACUUAUAGGUCAGCGUCAGGUUUUGGUAGGGAAAAAAAUCCAAGGCUACUGGUGUGUAGAAGAAUGGUCUCCCCUUAUGGCCAAGAUCUAUAACCUCUACAUGAUUCUAGUUGUGUUUGUACUCCCCCUUGGAUUGAUGGCCUAUGCCUACACCUGUAUAUGUCGAAGAUUGUGGCAGGUGCAGUAUCAGCACUCAACAAUGAGAGCCUCUCAAUAUCACAUUCGUCCUGAGCGGACCGUCACCCCCCUGCCAUCUCCACAGUACGGUAAUGAGAACAGGUCUUUUCUCCGAACAUCCAUUUCCAUAUAUGGAAAACGAAUUGGUGCUUUAAAUGAAGACUCUACACGGAAACAGGUGGUGAAGAUGCUGGUUUUUGUUGUCUUCCUGUUUGCUGUCUGCUGGGGGCCCAUCAUGAUGAACAACGUACUGGUCUCUUUUGACAUCCUCCACAGACUGAAUCACGGAUUUCUGAAGCCCAUGCGUCAAUUGUUCUGGCUAAUGGCAUAUGUCAACUCUUGCUUGAACCCGAUAGUCUACGGCUUCAUGUCCAAGAAUUUUCGUGAGUCUUUCCGGAAUACCUUCCGAUUGUGUCUGCUGCGCAGUUCUCCACGUGACGUGGCUAGACACAAGGCUCUGUGGCGAUGCUCGUUUCAAGCUCCAUCGGCAUUACAUGUCAUAAACAGGUUUACUUAUAUCUGUAUAUACACAUGUUAGAUGCUGUGUUGUCUUUACCUUUGUAAUCUUUACAUUUCUUAUCACGACCAUGCAUGUCAUAAACAGGUUUACUUAUAUCUGUAUAUACACUUGUUAGAUGCUGUGAUGUCUUUACCUUUGUAAUCUUUACAUUUCUUAUCACGACCAUGCAUGUCAUAAACAGGUUUACUUAUAUCUGUAUAUACACUUGUUAGAUGCUGUGUUGUCUUUACCUUUGUAAUCUUUACAUUUCAUAUCACGACCAUGCAUGUCAUAAACAGGUUUACUUAUAUCUGUAUAUACACUUGUUAGAUGCUGUGAUGUCUUUACCUUUGUAAUCUUUACAUUUCUUAUCACGACCAUGCAUGUCAUAAACAGGAUUACUUAUAUCUGUAUAUACACUUGUUAGAUGCUGUGAUGUCUUUACCUUUGUAAUCUUUACAUUUCUUAUCACGACCAUGCAUGUCAUAAACAGGAUUACUUAUAUCUGUAUAUACACAUGUUAGAUGCUGUGUUGUCUUUACCUUUGUAAUCUUUACAUUUCAUAUCACGACCAUGCUUGUGAACACUGUUAAACAAGAAACAAGAAAAAAUAAAAAUUCUUAGUCCUCAAGGGAAAUAAUUAAACUUAUACCAACACAUAUGCCAACUAUGAUUUCUUUCCCUUGUUCAAGUUACCAAACAAAAUAAUUAAUCACCAAUACUUAGCCUAAUUAACUAAUUAUUAGUUCUUGUGUUGUCAGGUAAAAGAAAUAAUCGUGUACAAUUUCAGCUUAAUCCGAGAUUGGGAGUUGGAGCAAUAACGUGUACAAAACACAGACAUAUUGAGUUAAUAUAAGCUUUGUUAAAAAAAAGACAUUGACGUUAUUUUGAGUGCUGGAUGAAAUAGAGACAACUACAAAGACCACACACUGACAUACAAACACAAUAUGAAAAUAUUUCUAACAUAAUAAAGGGGACAGAGAAGAAAAAAUUUGAAAGUGUUUUUUGAAGUACUUCUUUAAUUGUCUGUGCUAGAUGUCACCAAAACUAUUUUUUAAAAAAGACUAAAAAUGAAAAGAGAUUAGUGUUGCACAAUCACCAUCUUCAUUCAAUCCUAAGCAAUGAGAAUAACAAAUUGAAAGAAAGCAUAAAUCAAAAAGCUGUUUUAACACUUACCGCUUAAUUAUCAAAAUUACUACUACUGAUAACCAACUAUUACGUAAUCUCAAACAAAUGCUGUUACUAAUCUACUAGACCCAUGGGAAGUAACUUUUGUAAAUAGCUUUCAGUUAUUAAGGAAUCUUUGAUUUAUUGAGAUAUUCAUAAAUACUUUGUAAACAUGAAUACACUUAUUGAUUAUUUUCUUCUGUUAUUCUAAAAAUAAAAUGCAGGUCGCCUUCUGUAUAUGACAGAGGGUAUCUAGAUCCACAUCUUGUAGCAGCCGAGUCUCGCCCCAGUAUGAGCAGCCAGGGUUCAACCCAGUUAACACAGGUCAAGAAGGUGGAUGGACAAGGGGAGGCCGUAGAGUUUGAUUGACCGCGUCUUGGUACUACUAGUAGUCAAGCUACUGCCUUUCACUGGGACAAAUAUGUUACUACCAUGUACACUGGCGAUACUCUAAGGGUGUAUCAUUAGGAGGCUAUUUAGCUUGUUGGUCAUCUAUAGAAAGUAUUUGCCCUGGACUAACCAAUUUUAUCUUGCAAGACUUCAGACUCAGCAACUUAGCUUGUUGCAAACGAAGCCUUCAACAGUCUUUCGAAAUGUCGAAUCUUAAGUCAGAAUAUAUGGGAGAGGAAUUAUGAUGACAAGUUGAUAAGUGCGUCAAUUUCUCAGUCUUAAAGAAUGCACCGGAAAAGAAACAAAUGUUUGAUUGAACUGUUAAGUAUCAUGUUUAUAUUUAAUUGUAUAUUUGAUUGUAUAUUCAUGAAAUGCUUACCAGAUUUGUAUCAGUGAUUGUCUCUUAUACCAUAUGCUCCUAUGAUUCAAAUUAAAAAUCACCAACCUGAUGAGUCGAUGUUACUAUUAGAAGUAUCAGAACUCCCAAAUGCAGUAGCGUCGUGAGGACGAUACGGGUGAUAACAAAGUAAUUUUUUUUUUGCAAAAAAACCGGCAUUGACCAAGAAAACCGGUAAAAGUUUUUGCAUGUUUGCUAAAGAUAACGUUCCUAUGAGGAGACUGUCACUUUGGUGACACCAGACCACAACACCCCCCAAGCGACGAUCCUGUCUAAAUGUGUAGGUAAUCUCAAACAUCCAAACAAACUAUUAUCAAUCAUUAAUGAGAUAUUUUUUGAGGAAAAAAGGUCCAAAUUUAAUCCUAAUGGAAUUUGUAGCUUAUAAUAAUUAAUAGAUGUUAUUUACAAUGUAUUUUCUGUUUGGGUAUAGCUUUGUUUUAUUAUGUUGUUAUUUUUAUAUAAACAUAAUUUAGUAAUUUGUUGUUAUCAAAUUAAACACAUAAAUGAUGGUAAAACACCAUAAACUAUUUCUACUCUUUGUAAUGUAUUAGAAUAUAGUUAACUUCUAUUUAUAAUAACCGUUUGGUUCCUGCAGUGAUGUUUUAGUGCCAGCUAUAGGUAGCUUUUUAACAUUUAAAUUGCCAACUAAAUAAAGGACAACUGUGUAUUAAUUACCCAAUUAGAUAAGUUUAAUCAAUAGCAAAUACCUGAUUAUCCACGCUUAGGAAAUGUAAUUUCCAUAAGCCUCUUUCUUUAAUACGUCGCCACUGAAAAAAAGAAGCUAAAAAUAUUUGAAAGGUUUUUGGAAAAUUGUAUGAGAUUAUAAUAAAAAUUAUGAUAUUUAAUAUUGCAAUGAUGUAUCAUGUCUUAUAAAUACAGUUGUUGUUAUAUUAUCUAUAUUAUCUUGUAUCCAGUCUUAUUGUGCAGGUUUCUAUUUCGGGGAGGGGGAGGUAAUAAUAUUUCCAAUUUUGAUUUGUACACACACACACAUAUAUAUUGCAUUUCAAGAGUGCAUUAGGACCUGCUAUACACUAUCAGAACAGGAAAAUCAUCGCAUGCUUGCAGGGCGGCAGUACAUGACAGCGGGAAGGUUUUGAACAAGGCACCAUGGGCGUAGCCAGGUUUUUUUUUUUGGG